GACGUGAUAUCUGACGUGGAAAUUUAAAUUCAAUUUUGAUUAAAAACAAAGUAAACAUAACAAAAUAAAAAAGGGAAAUGGGUAAUUUCUUCGUUUUCACCUCAGUUCUUUCAAUUCCUCUGUCUUGGGCUCGCACAAGCACAAUCGCCAGCCACUCUGCUUCUUCCAACGAAUAGGCGGAGAUAUAUCAUCAGAAGCAGAGGGGUCACUAAGCUUUGACCUUGACCUUUCUCUGGCGGCGAUGGAGGAGUUAGGAGGAGAUAGAGAGGGAGGGCAGGCGAGUGGCAGAUCUGAGUGAACGGCAACGAUGGAUGCAGAUCUACCUCUGGUGGCGACGAAGGAGGUGAGAGGCAGUGGAGGUCACAAGCGAAUCAUCACCAUCUAUGAAGCAAAGCCGUCGCCACCCGAAACUCCUCCCGCUGCUUCUUCGUCUUCUCUCCUCCUUACUUCUGCCGUCACCCAGAUCCAGUCCGAAUACGCAGUCCGUGCAUCGUCGAAGAUACUACACCAACUACUCCAUUGCAAAAAAAUGCCCAAAAAAUGAAGAAAAAAAAAUCUCCCUAGAACCCAAUCCUCAAUCUCUGCAUUCUGUCCUGGAAUUCUCCAACUCUAAUUAGGAUUUCCCCUCGACUAAUUGCAGAUUGAGUUGUUCUGUCGAUUGAGAGCUCUAGAUUGCAUAUCCACCCACAUUUUCCUUCUCGUGACACCGACGCACUGGAUUCCAUCGUGCUGCUGACGAGGCAGGCGGGUCGAUUUUGUGAGGAGGUUCCGAUGUGGAGCGUGACACCGGCGCACCGGAAUCUAUUUCUGUCGGAGAAGGAGACCAGAGUAAUCUGACUAAAUAAUUUUGUAUUUUUAUUUCUAAUAAUUUGGUAUUUUUCUUAUUUUAAUUAUGAUUGUAAAAAAUUAAUGACAUGUCAAUGAUAUGUGCAUGUCACAUUCUUGCCACGUAGACCUGGCAAUCGGGUCGGGUUGGGGAUUUUGGUUACAGGUCGGGUCAUAUUUAAUUGGCUAAUUUCGGGUCAAAUAUUGACCCAACCCAUUCGGUUUUGGGUCGGGUUACAGGUCAUUUCGGGUUAUGAGCAUUCUCAGAAAAAAUAUCAAACAUGCUUCAUAUUUUCUUAAAGAACACAAAUUUUCACAUAUGCAUGGCAAAAGUUUACUUAACACAUGUCAAUUAACAUAUUCUCAAAUCCUUCCAUGCUAAUGAAAUGAAAUACAAAUUGCGCA